GGUUCUUGCUGUGGUCGUGGCUUGUAACAAACUCGACCAAAUCAAGACAGGUUCACCAAACGCUCUUGACUGUUAUCGCGGCAAUGGUAGUUGUUGCAGAUUCAAGUAACGUAGACGGACAAAGUAGUUCAAGGCCAUCUACGCCUUCCUUGGUUCUUCCAAAAAAACGCAAGGUCGCCUCUAAUCCUGAACAAUCUCCUGCACCCAACGACCCAAACAAUCCAAGCACAGCAGCCAAUGUCGCUCUACCCACCCGAAACGACUUCUUCUCUCGCCCUCGUCUUACAAUAUCUCGCUGCCCCACCUUCCCGGAUACUUCCGUAACGUAUCAUGCCACAGAGCAGCUCGCUAUGAAUCGUAUAGGGUUCAGGUAUGUCCCAGCGGGUGUUUCACCCCCUGGAUCUGCCCUCCCAUGUCGAACAAUCGAAAGCUUGCCUACAAGCUAUAGAGUUAGCUGGGAGGACCGCAGCUCCUUCGUCAAGGUCACCCCUGAUGGUCUGGGGCUAAUCGGUGAACGAGGUUUCAGGAGUGCACGGUGUAAUGCACCCGUCCGUGAGGGCAAGUGGUAUAUGGAGGUCCACAUCGAGGAUGGCGGAGGAGAUCGUUCCACCCAUGCACCAGAUACCAACAUGCGCCAGGGAAGUCAUGUCCGACUUGGUUGGGCACGACGAGAGGCACCUUUGAAUGGCCCAGUUGGCUUGGAUGCAUAUUCCUAUGGGUAUCGCGAUAACAAUGGUGAUAAGGUCUAUUUAUCGCGCCCCCGCACUUAUGGUCGUUCGUUUCGUAGUGGGGAUAUCAUCGGCAUGUACAUAUCCCUUCCACCUCGACGCAAACCCGAUCUCCGUGACCCUCAUGACCCUGCACAUAUCCGACGCGAACGCAUCGCUAUCGAAUUCAAGGGGCAAGAGUAUUUCGAGAGUCUGGAGUAUCCUCAGAGCAAAGAAAUGACUGCUCUUAUGGACUUCUCCAAUAAAUCAAGCAAUACGGCGUCACUCCCAUCUGCAUCUUCCAACAAGAAGGCUGCAUCGACAAAAAACCUCCCAGAACGAGGCGCACGUCCUGGACAGGUACCAGAGGCCCCCGUUCUCCGCCCUCUACCAACCUUGCCAGACUCUUGCAUCGCGUUCUUUGUCAAUGGCGAACGUCAAGGCAUUGCGUUCGAAGACUUAUUCGAUUACCUGCCUUUGCGCACGACGCCUGCAUCGAGGAAGAAGGAAAAGGAUAAGAAGCGAGCGCGUGAAGGGGCUCCUCGCGAACACAAGGAGAACCUGUUUGAUGACGGAACACUGGGGUAUUACCCAUUUAUCUCCUUGUUCAACUAUGCCCGCGUGCGCUUAAAUCCUGGCCCAAAUUUUGACUUUCCGCCUCCCCCUGAUAUAGACAGUGUGCUCAAGGGCACUGAUCAUCCUGUGACUCAAGAUCAGACCUGGCGUCCGAUUUGCGAGCGGUACCCGGAGUUUAUGAAGGAGCAGUGGGAUCUGGACGAGCAAGAAGAAGAGCAAGCUAAAUUGGAAGCGGACGAGAAAGUAGAGGUCGAGAUCAUCGAGGCGCAGAAGAAAGCGCAGAGGGAAAAAAGCAGACAGCAAACUGAAGCUCGAAAGAGGGCGAAGAAAAACGCGGAGCUACGAGCGUCUUCCGUUGCGAGCGCCCAAGUCUCCGUAACGGAACAUGUAGUUCCCAUCGAUGACCGCCUCGGGUCGUCUGUCUUGAUCGUAUCGACAUCGCAAGCAACAGACCGUGGAGUGGACCAGAUGCACUCUCCCGCACCGACAGCUGCGUCAAGUGGUGAUUUCAAUCACAUCCCAGAAGCGGAGAGCGGGUACAACUCCGAGGUCGUCGAGGGCGACGGAGAAGAAGAGCAACACGAUGGAUUUGCGGCAGACGUCGAUCAUCACGAUGACGAUGAUGACGACGACGACGAAGUGUUUAGGGAAGCCGCAAGUCCUUACCGCAAAUCACGGACGCAAAAUAAUAGUUCAUCUGCCAUUGACAUUGACCUGGAAGAUCUACUGUAAUACAUAGAUUUAUACUGAAUGCGUAAUCGGACAUGCAUAUGAAGGAUGAUAAGACUCAGAAGAAGUGCAACAUGCGGA